GCCUAAGCUCUUUCUGCAGUCUGAUUCGCUUGGUGUACCGUACCAGAACAAGUCCAUGUGGAGCCGAGUCCUGACUUACAAUCAGGUUACAGGCCCUGUGGUACUGGAACAGCAGCGGAGCACAAAGACCUUGUGCGAAGACGGAGAGGGUGUUGCGGGCGACAUGUACUGCUACGGUCAGAGAACAUCCUCUCGCGACUCUUUCGGUUCCAAUCAGGUGCUUCCGAUCACUGCGCCGGAUCCUCGCGAGUACGAGGGAGGAGCUGUGACGCCAGCACAGAGAAGAGCUUACUAUGACUCUGCUUUCGAAGUAGCAGCAUCCUCCUCACGAAGGCUUGCGGAGGACACGCGGCCAGAGUUCGACUUUCUGUCACAGUCCCAGCAAUCAAAACGGCCCUCGUGCACGUCCAGAUCUUGGGCUUUGUUGGCACAUGUCAAUCGGAUCGCAGGCUGCCGCGAAGUUUUCCAGAGGAGCCAUCAGCAACCCAAAUUAGUUUGCGUUCUGAUGGACUUGGGUGCGGCUUCGCACCAUGUGCUUGAGUGUACGCAAGUUGCUUGCUUUUGGAAGGAUACUUUCCAAGUGGCCAUCUACCCGAACACGCCGUCUGAUCUGAUAGCAGAGCAUGUCGCCUACAUCAAAAACCGUGAAUGGUUAGAUGUCAGGAUCCCGGCUGAGUAG